GUCUUGGCUUGCCCCUCCUCUGACAAGAUGGCGGCGCCCAGACGUGGUGCGCCUGUCCUCUUGAUCCGGGGUAGCGGCCCGCUCUUGAAGAGUUUCUUCACUCUCGUUUCAAAACCACUUUGUUCCAGCGCUGCUGCAUCCAGGCCCUUGGAUGCCCAGAGAUUAGCGGAGAAACUCCGAGCCCAGAAAAGGGAGCAAAAGACAAAGACGAAGCCGGUCCCCACAAGCCCUGUUCAGCGGAGGGUGCAAGAACUAGUGCGGUUCACGCAGCAACUGCAACGAGUUCACCCCAACGUUCUUGCCAAGGCCCUGAGCCGAGGGAUUCUCCACCAGGACAAGGACCUUGUGGUCAUCAAUAAGCCCUACGGUCUUCCUGUCCAUGGUGGCCCUGGAGUCCAGCUCUGCAUCAGUGAAGUAUUGCCCAUCCUGGCAAAGAUACUUCAUGGCCAUAAGGCAGAGCCCUUGCAUCUGUGCCACCGGCUAGACAAGGAAACCACAGGUGUAAUGGUGCUGGCUUGGGAGAAGGAAGUAGCACAUCAAGUUCAAGAGUUGUUUAGAACCCGUCAAGUGGCAAAGAAGUACUGGGCUGUCACUGUGCAUGUCCCUGUGCCCUCGGCAGGAGUCGUGGAUAUCCCCAUCAUUGAGAAGGAGGUGCAAGGGCAACAGCAGCACCACAAGAUGACAUUAUCCCCAAGCUACCGCAUGGACAACGGGAAAAUGGUGAAAGUGCGGACCAGCCGGAAUGCCCAGGUUGCUGUAACUCAGUAUCGGGUGCUUAGCAGCACUGUGUCCUCUGCCCUCGUGGAGCUCCAGCCCAUUACUGGAAUAAAACAUCAGCUUCGAGUUCACCUGUCUUUUGGGUUGGAUUGUCCAAUCCUUGGUGAUCACAAGUACUCAGACUGGAAUAGGUUAGCUCCUCAGAAGCUUCCUGUUGGCACCCUGAAGAAACUGGGGCUGGAACAGCCAAAGGCUCGGUACAUCCCCCUCCACCUGCAUGCCCGGCAGCUGAUCCUGCCUCCCCUGGGGUUCCGGAAGGAGGAACUCCACUUGGUCUGUAGGCUUCCUCGCUUCUUUGUACAUUCCCUGCGCCGUCUGGGUUUGGAGAUGCCAGAUCAAGACGAAAAUGGACACAAUGAAGCCAGGCCGCUGGAAGCACAGUGAAGACUGUUGAGCAGUUUGGCCCCUGAACUCUUUCCUUUGUCUCAUGAACAUUUCUAAUGUCUCACUUGGAACAGACACAAGGAGAGCCAGGUGGGAUAAGUUGAAGAAACCCAGCUGCUUCCGGGCUUUUAAUGGAGAAUAACAUCUAUUUACUGAGAGUUUGGCCACCCUGUAGGAAAGCCUGCUGGCAGUCUCCCCACCACACAGUCUCCUUGCCAAGAUGGAAGAGAGCCCAGGAGGAGGCAUAUUGGGGCAAUAAUUGGAAAAGGAGAUUUAAAGGAUAGACUCUGUGAUCAGAAACUUUUCAUCCAACAGGAAAGCUUUUGAGCUGUCAGGAGGAGGCCCAUAGUUGGAAGGACCAACUAUAUAGCAGUUAAACACAUGGACUCCUUUCUAUAGGAAAAACUUAGUAUAUAUAAACCAUGUCUGUGAUUUUAGGCAUCCAUUAAGGGUCUUAGAAUGUAUCCCUGUUGGUAAGAGUGGACCCAUGUUGAUGACACACCUAAGCCUUUCCUAUUUUUAUGCUAUUACCAUGAAUUAUGGAUUUAAAAACACAAAUAAGGUGACUAUAUUUGUUUAUUUAAGUUCUAAAUAUUUUGGCUGUUUUUUCUAUCUCUAGUAAACUAUGCUUGAGCCAA